AUGGCUCCCACCAAGGUCUUUCUCACCGGUGUCACUGGCUACAUUGGCGGUGAUGUCUUUUACGCCGUCCACCAAGCCCACCCCGACUGGGAAUACUCACUCCUCAUCCGCAACAAAGACAAGGGCGCGCAAGUUGCUAGGAAGUAUCCCUCCGCACGCAUUGUCUACGGCGACCUUAACUCACUUGACAUUAUCGAGGAGGAGGUCAAGAAUGCCGACAUUAUCUACCACUGCGCAGACUGCGACCACGUCGCCUCUGCGAAAGCCAUCGGCAAAGGCCUCGCCCACCACACCCCUAGCAACCCUGUCUGGCUAAUCCACACUUCCGGUACGGGCGUUCUCACCAUUGAGGACUUCCGCACCAACACCUUUGGCCUCUACCGCACUAAAGAGCACAAUGACUGGGAAGGCGUCGACGAACUCGUCAACCUACCGGCGGACUCUCUCCACCGUAACGUUGACGAGAUCAUCCUCGCCGCCGGCCCCGCCAACCCAACGAGUGUGCACACCGCAAUCAUCUGCCCGCCCACAAUCUACGGCCCGGGUCGCGGUCCUUGCAACACCAAGAGUGUCCAGGCCUACUGGCUCACUGCAGCCGUGCUCAAGCGCCGUAAGGGUCUUCUCAUUGGCAAGGGCGAGAACAUCUGGCACCAGGUGCAUGUCCAGGACCUGAGCGACAUGUACUGUCUGUUGGGUGAUGCUGCCACUGCCGGCGGGGGUAAGGCCACCUGGAACGAGACCGGGUAUUAUCUCGCGGAGAAUGGGCCGUUUGUCUGGGGGGAUAUCCAGCGGGAGGUGGCGCGGGUCGCCUACGAGAAGAAGCUGAUUCCCUCGCCGGAGGUGGAGCCGCUGAGUGAUGCGCAGAUGAUAGAGCUGGACCAGAAGUUCGCGUUGUAUGCGUUGGGGACUAGUUCGCGCGGACAUUCCUUGCGUGCGCGUAAGUUGUUGGGAUGGUCGCCUUCGAAGCCGAGCUUGAUGGAGCUGAUUCCGUCCAUUGUGGACUUGGAGGCGAAGGAAUUGGGAUUGGCUUAG